CUCCCCUCCCUUGUUUUUCUGCCUCGCGAGACAGUAUGUCCUGAAUACUCCCUGUAGCCUAGGGUACUGUGAAUGAAAACGGAGUGUGUUCUCUUUCCCGCGGAACUCCUGAGGACAAAACUCAAAUUACUUGAAUGCCUGAAUCGGACUACGUUUCCCGUGAGCACGCGCAGCCCACGCUCCUCUCGCCCAUUUACAGCGUUUGAUCUCAGUGGCCGGUGGCCGGAAAGGGACAAUGGUUUCCAUGUCAGCGGAUAAACGCGCUCGCCUUAGCUCCCGGACCAGAGGGAGGAUGAAACAGAGAGUGCGUGCCGAAAAGCGAGGAAGCAACUAAAGGAGUCGGUGACCGAUAGAGCAAGAGCCAUGGCACGCCGGGGCCUAGUGGCCGGGCCAGACUUUGAGUAUUUUCAGCGUCGCUAUUUCACGCCGGCCGAGGUGGCCCAACAUAACCAGCCCGAAGACCUCUGGGUGUCUUACCUGGGAAACGUGUACGACCUAACGCCGUUGGCACAGGAAUACAAGGGAGACCUGCUGCUGAAACCCAUCGUGGAAGUUGCGGGCCAGGACAUCAGUCACUGGUUUGAUCCAGACACCAGAGACAUCCGCAAGCACAUAGAUCCGCUGACCGGUUCCCUGAGAUACCGCACCCCGUGGGGCCGCUUUCUGCACGUGCCGCCUCAGCUGCCCCGUUCGGACUGGGCCAAUGAUUUCGGGAAGCCUUGGUGGCAGGGGUCGCGUUACGAGGUGGGGCGGCUGUCCGCCAAGACCCGGAAUAUCCGCAUCAUUAACACGCUCACGUCGCAAGAGCACACUCUGGAGGGUCCACGGGUUCGAGCCCUGGUCCAGGAAGAUCCCGCAUGCCGUGGAGCAACUAAGCCCGUGUGCCACAACUACUGAGCCUGCGUGCCCUAGAGCCCGCGAGCCACAACUACUGAGCCCAUGCACCUAGAGCCCAUGCUCUGCAACAAGAGAAGCCACCGCAAUGAGAAGCCCACGCACUGCAACCAAGAGUAGCCCCCGCUCGCCGCAACUAGCCUGUGCGCAGUAACGAAGACCCAACGCAGCCAAAAAUAAAAUAAAUUUAUAAAAACAAACAAAACAAAACAAACCUCCUUUCUAUCAUGAACUUACCACUCCAGCUGUAUGAGGUCCACAUACUGAACUACUUGCUGAAUAGUUUCUUACUCAACCUAAACUGCCCUUCUUCCUCCUCUCUGCUAUAUAGGUCUUAGUUAUGUUUUGGGGCCUACUUCAAGUACAACUACAUAUGAAAGUCCUUCAGUCCCCCUCCCCUCCUCUCCCUAAGAGCUCUCUUCUCUGAACUCUCAGAUUUCUACAGCCCACAGCAAUCAUCACUACCACAUAUCCUUAAUUAACUUUUUUGUGUGUUUAUUUCUGAUCUCAAAUGUCUCUCCUCCCUCCACCUAACUAAUCCCUUGGUCACUAAAACAUUUUCAAGUUGUUUUAAAAGAUGCACAAUGAAAAACAAUGAAAAAAUAUGUUUCCCUUCCCGGUAGUAAUGACUACAGUUUCUUGUGUAUUCUUCCAGGAAUAUUCUAUGGAAAUUCACAUUUUUUUCCCCUUUCAUCAAUGGUACCAUAUUAUACAUGUUCUUCUAUAACUUUCCCUUUUUCCCUUCAUAUUUUAAUUAGUUUUUAAACUAGAACCUCACUAAUGUCCUCUAAAGUCUAACUACAUUACACAUAUUGAUUAUACUUUGCUUCCGUACUUUUCUCCUCAAAGAACGAGAAAUUAGUGAGGAAUGAUUUCUUUAGAGAAAUCACACUACUUUUUGUCCCAUUUGGCUUCAUUUGUUAAUGUAAUCAUGACACGACAUAAAUUUGUUUACACAAUACUGUAAAAAUUCAAAAUUAUCAAUAAAGCUAAAUAUCCCCCUUGACUAUUAUUUCCCAAAAGUAACCACUGUGACCAAUUUGGUAUGUAUAUGUCCAGAAUUUUUAAAAGAAAUUUAUAUACAUAUAAAUGUAUCUGUAGAAACACAUAGUAUUGUUUUUAGUUUCUCUAAACAUAAAUGAUAUCAUAAUGUAUAUACUGUUUUGCAGCAUGCCUUUUUCCAUUCAACAAUAUAGUAAAGAAUCUGACUAUGUAGGUGUAACUCAUUUUUCUUGACUGCUGUAUAGUUUAUUUAGUUAUUCAUUACUGUUGGAAAUUUAGAGUGUCUCCAAUUUUUUGCUAUUACAAACAACGUUGUAAUGAAUAUCUUUGUAUGUGUCACCUCAUGCACAAGUGUGAUGACUGUUUCUCUAGGGUAGACGAUAAGAGGUGGAACUCUGUAACAGAAAACAUGUCAGUUUAAUAAUGUACUAGAUAAAUUAACCAUUGCCAGUUCUGUAGUACAGCUGUUAUAAGUAAGUUAUACAUGUGACCAUCAAUUUUACAUAUUAGUUCCUUUAAAACCCUAGGACAUCCAUUGACUUAUAAGUCAUUUAGUAUAUAGAACAAAGAACAGCAGACUAGAAGUUGGAAGAUACAGGUUCAAAUUCCGGUUCUGUCCCUAACAUCUAACUUGAUCUUAGGCAAUCCUUUCGACAUCUGGGCCCCAGUUUCUGUACCUACAAAAUUAGAUUAAAGUGAUGUUUCCUAAAAUACGGUACCUAUACCACUGGUAGCAUGCAAGAUGCUUUUAUUUUUAUUGACUUUUAAUAAUUAUUUGUAUUUUAAAAUAAAUUAGGAAAAUUAUAAUUACCUUAUCAAAUCAAGGAUUUACGGAUAUUAUUUCUUAGUUAUAUAAAAUUUACUUUUUAAAGGACAUUUGUUUAAGUUAAAGAAAAGCGAAUUGAAAAGGAAAAUAGUAUGCAUAUAAUAGUAUAGGUGGCAUGUAAAUAUGGCAAGUCAUGACUAUGAUAUAUGAAGGACUGAGGUUUCUUGCUUCACGAAAUCUAGAAGAGGUUAGAUUAAAGCAGUAGAUCCCAGACUUUUAGAUUACAGUGACCAGUAAAACAUUAAAAAAAAAAAAGUUAGUGACCAACAUGGAGUUCCUGACUUUUUAUUGCGCUAAUUAAUGACAUUAAGAACAAAACCAAAAAAAAAAGAACAAAACCAAACCUAUAUACCCAUCACCAUUAUCUAACAGUAAGAUAUUAAAAAUAUUAUUUUGUAACUAUAACACAAGUACCUGUAUGUUGAAAAAUUUUCAAGUUGUACAGAAGUAUAAAAACUCAUUUUCUUUCUCCUUCUCUCUCCCUGUAACAUCUAUCAUAGACAUCCUUCUAACACAGAUCUACCUCAUUUUUAGAACAUUUUAAAUAAACAUAAUAUACUGUUAAAUACAUUAGCAUAUAUAUAUUACAUAUUUGUUUCAUAUAAAUAUAGCAUAUUACACAUUUAUUUUAUAUAAAAAUAUAUGAGAAAUAUAUAAUGUCAGAACAAAGGACACAGCUCCCCAGGAAAGGACAGGUGGCAACCUUACUUAGCCAUCUAAACACUGGUUUAGAUGACCUUCUCUCUAAAAUUCCAUGAUUAAGCCUAGAAAAUCCUCAGCGUUUACAUGCCUUUCAUUAUUACCACUAACUUCUAUAUUUCAAAAGGUAACUAGGAAUCUCUUUAACAUCUCCUUCGGUAGUAAAUCACAGACUGCAAAGUGCUUUUUCAGUCCUUUGAUCUUCUUGUUGCAUGAGUUCAUGCCUGUGCUCUAUUAAUCAUUCUCAUAGGUUCCCUACAUCAGGGUUUUAACCUGGGCUCCAUAGGUUUCAGGAUAACAUAUGUGGUAUUUUGUGUAGAUACAGUUUUUCUGGGGAAAGGGGUUUAUAACUUUCUAUGAUCCAAAAAAAAAAGGUUAGAAACUAUAGCUCUGGAUGUUUCUAGCUUUUGCUU